CUCUCAUAUUAUUACUCUGUAAUAAACUCAAAGUCGCUUCUUAUACUCAGAGAAACAGAAUAAAAGGUGUCGACUUUAGUAUCAUCUCUCAGGCCAAAAUUGCUCGAUUCCUCGGGCUCCGGCUGGUUUGAAUCUUAGAGGAAUCAAUCUUAGAGGAAGCUCUGUUUUUGUUUCCGGAUCACACAAAAAAAUGGCGGAAAGGGUGGAAACAUCUGUUCCAGAAGGUGAAAACACGAUAGAAGAAAGAGAGGUAGGAGCUAUGUGGGAGCUAGAGCAGAAGCUUGAUCAACCCAUGGAUGAAGAAGCUACUAAGCUCAACACCUACAGAGAAAAUACGGGCUAUUCGAUGUUAAUGAUACUGAGACUAUCAUUCCAAAGUCUAGGCAUAGUGUACGGAGAUUUAGGGACGUCACCACUGUAUGUGUUCUACAACACAUUCCCUGAUGGGAUUGAAGAUAGUGAAGAUGUUAUCGGAGCUCUUUCUUUGAUCAUUUACUCUCUUUUCCUUAUACCUCUCAUCAAGUACGUCUUCAUCGUCUGCAAAGCUAAUGACAAUGGUCAAGGUGGGACAUUAGCUAUAUACUCGUUGCUUUGUAGACAUGCUAAAGUGAGUCUAAUCCCAAAUCACCAACGCAGCGAUGAGAAUCUCACCACUUACAGUCGGACUCUACUCCCUGAAGGGUCUUUCUCUGCUAAAACAAAGAAGUGGUUGGAAGGCAAACAUUGGAGGAAGAGAGCUCUUCUCGUCAUUGUCCUCCUCGGUACUUGUAUGACCAUUGGUGACGGUAUCUUAACCCCAGCCAUCUCCGUUCUUUCAGCUACUGGUGGGAUCAAAGUCAACAAUCCAAAGAUGAGCGGCGACGUCGUUGUGAUUGUGUCUAUAGUCAUCUUAAUAGGCCUAUUCAGCAUGCAACACUACGGUACAGACAAAGUAGGAUGGCUCUUUGCACCCAUAGUCCUCGUCUGGUUCCUCUUCAUCGGAGCCACAGGUAUAUACAACAUCUUCAAACACGACACUAGCGUUUUAAAAGCGUUUUCGCCGACGUACAUCUACCUCUACUUCAAAAGACGAGGAAGAGACGGUUGGAUCUCUCUCGGCGGCAUUCUCCUCAGCAUCACAGGCACAGAGGCGCUAUACGCAGACAUCGCUUACUUCCCUUUACUAGCGAUACAGCUCGCCUUCACGUUCUUCGUCUUCCCUUGUCUUCUUCUAGCUUACUGUGGACAAGCUGCGUAUCUCGUCAACAACAAAGAUCAUUACCAAGAUGCUUUCUAUGCAUCUAUCCCUGAGAGUGUGUAUUGGCCUAUGUUUAUAGCGGCGACUUUAGCUGCGAUCGUUGGGAGCCAAGCUACGAUCUCGGGGACUUACUCUAUAGUCAAGCAAGCCGUGUCUCAUGGCUGUUUCCCUCGUGUUAAGAUCGUUCACACUUCCAAAAAGUUCUUUGGUCAGAUAUAUUGCCCUGAUAUUAACUGGAUGCUCAUGAUCGGCUGCAUCGCCGUCACCGCUAGUUUCAAGAACCAGAGCCAAAUCGGAAAUGCAUACGGAACUGCUGUUGUGCUGGUGAUGCUUAUGACCACGUUGCUGAUGGUUCUGACCAUGCUGCUCGUGUGGAGGUGUCACUGGAGCCUUGUCCUUGUAUUCGCCGUCCUCUCGCUAUUCGUGGAGCUUUCCUACUUCUCUGCGGUGAUCUUUAAGUUUAUCGAAGGAGGAUGGGUUCCGCUCAUCAUAGCAGCCAUCUCUCUUCUCGUGAUGUCGGUUUGGCACUACGCGACGGUCAAGAAGUACGAGUUUGAAGUUCACAGUAAAGUCUCCAUGAGUUGGAUACUCGGUCUUGGUCCUAGCCUCGGUCUUGUUCGUGUCCCCGGGAUAGGGUUGGUCUACACGGAGUUAGCGAGGGGUGUCCCUCACAUCUUCUCUCAUUUCAUCACUAACUUGCCUGCGAUUCACUCGGUUGUGGUCUUUGUCUGCGUCAAGUACCUUCCGGUUUACACCGUCCCCGAAGAGGAGAGGUUUAUUGUCAAGAGAAUCGGACCAAAGACAUUCAGAAUGUUCCGCUGCGUAGCUAGGUAUGGUUACAAAGAUCUGCACAGGAAAGACGACGAUUUCGAAACCAAACUGUUCAAUAAACUCAUAUCGUUCAUCCAUAUCGAAACAAUGAUGGAGCCAGGAGCUAACUCAAGCACCUACAGCAGCGCAUACUCGGUCAACCAGACACUAGACCCCAGAGAUGGAUUGGUACAUGACACCAACAACAACCACAACCACAAUAUCAACAACAACAAUGAAAACAACAACAUGGAUAUGUUCUCAUCGGUGGUGGACCACACUGUAUCGACUUUAGACACCAUAGUUCCCAUUGGUUCUAACAGGACGAGUUUCAGACAAAGCUACACUAUCGAGGAAGAAGAGGAGGAUGAGUUGGAGUUUUUGAGGACAUGUAAAGAGUCAGGGGUUGUUCAUAUCAUGGGAAACACUGUGGUGAAAGCAAGGAGUGGAGCAGGGCUUCCCAAAAAGAUUGCGAUUGAUUAUGUUUAUGCGUUUCUUGCUAAGAUUUGUAGGGAGAAUAGUGUUAUCUUACAUGUUCCUCAUGAAACCCUUUUGAACGUUGGACAAGUCUUUUAUGUUUAGUUUUGUUUUUUUUUUCUCUCUUUUUUUUUGUAAGACAGAUUUGCAGAUAAAAUGGAAUCAAAGGAUACCAAUUUUUCGUA